UGUGAGAGGUGGUGUUAGUUGUUGUAGUGGUAGUGAUGGUGGUGGUAUAGUGAUGUCAGUGGGUGCGAUGGUGUGAUUUAUCACACACGGAAAGACAGAUAGAGAGAGAGAGAGAAGGAAAAAUUGAGAAAAUAUAUACAAGUUUGUGGGAUUCGUGUAAAAGAAACUGAGAAACAACAAGGAAUAAACAUCAACAACAACAACAACAGCAAUGAGUGACGCGCAAAUAUCUCUGAUCGAGAGCGCUGCGGCCGGGGAUGCAGGCGCCGUGGAGGCCGAGUUGCAGCGGGGCGCCGAAGUGGACCAAACGGAAGACGGACGCACGGCCCUCCACUACGCAUCCGCCGAGGGCCUGCAGGAUGUGGUGAAGGUCCUCCUCUACUUCAAGGCCAACCCCACCAAGAGGAGCAAGAUGGAGGAGGACAAUGGUGGGACGGCUUUGCACCUGGCGGCGGAGGGCGGUCAUUUGGAGGUGAUGGAAGAGCUGCUACAGGCGAAGGCGAACCCGGAGGUGCUGGACGCUAAGGGGCGCCAGGCAUCCCACAGAGCAGCCUCCCACGGCCAGAAACAUGCCCUCGAGGUCCUAUACAACCACGGAGCGGACAUGGACGCUCGGGAUGCCGGGAAAGCCACGCCUCUCCACUUCGCCGCCUUCAACGGGAACUUGGAAACGGUGAGGUGGCUGGUGGAGGAGGCGGGCGUCGCCACUUCGUACAAGGACAAGAACGGCCGCCAGCCCAAGGACGUGGCCAAGAAGUUCAACAAUAAUGCCGUGCAGAAGUACCUCAAGAACAGCAGCGGGACGGGGAAGAAAGGAGGAGGAGGAGGAGGAGCAGGAGGAGGUGGUGGUGGUGGGGGAUCCUUGUUCGGCGGCCCAAAGGCUCGCAGAAGCACGCGGGAGACGAGCCGUGACCGCAUGUCAGGCCGCGAAUCCUCCCGCUCACGACACCAACUCAACGAAUCCCCAGCGCCCUCCUCUGAACCCGAGUCCCUCCCCGCGCCCCGCCGCCAGGACUCUGCAGAUGGGGACAGGAGUGUGGAUAAGGCGCCCUCGCAGCCCGUCUCUCUCCCCGCGGGUCUGGGCCAAGCUCCUGAAGAUAUGCGAGCCUCCAUGCCGUCCCUGUCCCCCCCCGACUCCCCGCGGAACAGCACCUCGCUAGAUCGAAGGAGCCGUGAGAGAGAGUCCCGCCGGCGUACGUGGAGCCUCGGGGGGUCAGCCAAGAGCCGCCCCGCCGCCAGGGACCUCCGGGGCCAGCUGGAGGAGCUCAUGGACAUCAAGACCCAGCAGGAGGAGGAGCUGGAGUUCAAGAGGGAGGAACUGUCCAAGCUGAAGUCUGUGCUGAGCCAACUCCAGCAGGAAAAGACCCAGGCGGAGGAGCAGGUGUCGGAGCUCCGUUACCACGUGGAGGCACAGCGACAGCAGGUGGCGGAGGCGGUGGAGGGGCAGCAGCGGCUCAGGGCACACCACCAGCAGGAGCAGGAGUCGGCCAUGGGCACCGCGGCCAGACGGGAGGAGGAGCUUCAGGAGUUGCUGGCGGCGGCGCGGAAGGACGUGGACGGCCUGAGGGAGCGUGACACACUGAGCCAGCAGACCAUUGAGGCGCUCACGAAGAAGGUGGAGCGGCUGUCCGUGGAGGCGAGGCUGAACGAGGAACGCAUGCAGCAGAAGGAGGGGUCGCUGAGGGAGGCACUGCGGCAGGUGGAGGAGGGCACCGCCGCCGCCGCCUCGCUGGCCACGCUCAAGGAGGAGAUCGAACACCUCACCUGCAUGAUGGAUGACACGAGGGAGAACGCCAUGAUUAUACAGAGUCAGCUGGAGAAGAAGAUAUCGGAGCUGCUUGAACAGAACGAGCAGAAAGCGGAUACCAUCUCCAUGUUAUCCGACCGCCUGCGUCAAGCCGAGAUGACCUCCGCCACCACGCAGGAGGCGGAGCGGCGGGUGAAGGAGCUGCGAGAGAAGGAGACGGAGAGCCAGUUGACCAUAGCCUCCCUCAACGCAAAGAUCCAGCAACUCCAACAGAACAUAACAGACCAUGACAACAAGACCCUGACCUAUCAUAAGCAGCAGCAGGCCAGGAUCGAGGAGCUGACGGAGGCGAACGAGGCUAAACAGGUCAGCAUCAACAGCCUGUCCAGCGAGGCGGAGCAGAUCAACAGACGCCUCAGGGAACAGCAGGACAGCAUCGUCUGGUACCAGGGCCAGGUACAGCAGAAGGCACGGGAGAGCGAGGCGAAGGAGGCGGAGAGGCAGCAGGAGGUGGAGGCGCUGAAGGAGGAGGUGCGCCAGCUCUCCCUUAAGCUGGAAGAGGCGCAGAAGAUAUCCUUAACACAGUAUGAGCGAGGCGGGACCUUGGUGGCCCUUCAGAAGCGGGACUCGGCCCAGAAGCAGACCAUCAAUGCGCUCGAGAACAGGCUUCAGCAGCUCAGCCUCAAGAUGGCGGAUGCUGAGCAGGCGUCCCUCAGCAUCCAGAGGCAGCAGCUGGAGACGAUUAACAAGCUGAAGGAGGAGCUGGACGAGGCCAAGAGGAACGCAGCAUCGAAACAGGACCUGGCGGCGUCGGCGGGGGCACAGCAACAGCAGCAGACGCUUCAGGAGUACCGCGAGAAGGACCUGUCGAACCAGCUGAUCAUCGAGGCGCUGAACCGAAAGAUUGACCAACUCUCCGAGGAACUCAAGAAAAACUACACCAACUUCUAUUCCUGGCAGACGCAGCAGGGGGAGAAGGACAAGGAACACGAGCAGAGGGAAGCAGCGAGUCAGCAGACCAUCGCUGAGCUGAGGGAGGAGGUGGACCGCCUCAGCAGGGGGGGACAGCCACAGCAGAAAGUCCCCAUCAGACAGGCCCCCCAGCCGUGGAGACCCUCAGGACCCCCGCCCCCCGUCCCCUACAGCCAGAAGUACAACCACGUCUCCCCCCCGCGGCAGGAGACCACCUACACCUCGCCCUUCGCCCACCACCAGUGAGGGACGCAGGCCGCAGGAAGGCAGAGCGGGCAAAGAGGACUUGAAAUUUCCGCCAUAUAGAACUCAGUAGACCGUAUUGGCUGCACCGUUGCCAGAUUGUCGUACUCAGAGCAUAGUAUUUACCUGUUUCUGACGCCUAACUACUGCCAAGAAACAUCAGGGUCUAAGUCUUUUAACGGUAACUAUAAAUGAGUUUCGUUAUUGGAGCCCAGAAGACAGUUUUAGGGUAGGAAGUCGGGAAAUAUAAGCGGCUGAGUACGACAAUCUGGCAACGUUGAUUGGCUGUCAGUUCGCCUCUUCGCCGUUGGAGGGCCCUCGCGUGCGUCUCCAUGGCAACGGCGACGCUUUACCCUUUGCUUACUAACUUGUUUAUAGUAAUACGUCUAUCAUUAAAUUACAUUAUACUAGGGAUUACGGAAAAUGAAAUACGGACCUGAAGCUGAGCCCAAAUAUUCAAGAGAAGAACAUGUGUUUAGUUUUAUCGUACAUUUGGCACUCGGCUUCCGUCACGUAUUUAACUCCAUUUACUCCCAAACACAUAGCGGAAAAAAGGUCGCUAAGAAGGUAGGGAUCCCGCGCCUCAUCUCGUUAGUGUUAUUCUUUAAGACUUUUGUUACAAUUUUGUCUUUAGUAUUUCUUUAACUUUUAAGAUAGCUGUAGUCGAUAUGAUUUUGUGUAUAGUUUGCUGCGGUAGAGAGAGAGAGAGAGAGAGAGAGAGAGAGAGAGAGAGAGAGAGAGAGAGAGAGAGAGAGAGAGAGAGAGAGAGAGAGAGAGA